AUGGAGCGCGGCAUGCUCGGAAUUUCUCUGCUGGACCACGUACCCAAUGACGACAUUCGACGUCGCACAAAGGUCGUAGACGCGGGUCGUGCCAAGCUUAAGUGGAAGUGGGCGGGGCACUUGGCUAGAAGGGACGAUGGAAGAUGGACGAAAGCCGUUACUGGAUGGUGGCCAAGAGACGCAAAAAGACCAAGAGGCAUAUCACCCACCCGAUGGAUUGAUGACAUCAAGGUCAUAGUUGGAAACCACUGGACACGACUCGCAAGGGACCGGAAAGAAUGGCGCAAUAGAGAGGAGGCCUAUUCUCAGCAGUGGGUGCAAACAGGUACCCUACUAAAGCCCGCAUCGACUAAAGAUAGCAGCCUUGCAUUGGAUUUAAUAAUUAACCCCAAGCAUCAUGGCUUGACGUUGAACUGUGCAACUAAGUUUGAAGAGCAUGUCAUUACCCGUAUCGUCGUGGAAUUGGUGUAUGAACCGAACGAGACAUUACCAGAGGCCAAAAGACCAAAUCUGUCAAAUGCGAUUUUGUACGAAAUAAAAAGAAAAGAAUUGGGCGAUGAUUGUGACACCACCAAUACGAACAUUACCGUCAAGACAGGGCCAUUAAUGGUCAAAGUGUCUGGAGACUACGAUCUAGUGGAUCAUAUUUGGUGCCAAAGUAUUGUACACGAAGAAGGUGAAAACCCUGAAAUAUUUUUAACAAAAAAAGAUUUUUGUGAAUAUGAAAAUCCAAAGGAAGCCAUAGCUAUUAUUGAUACCGUUGAUAUUGGUGGAAAUCACACAGAAUGGAAUUGCACCAUGCUAACGCGGAAAGACGCUCUGGACAACCCGUACUAA